GAGCGACAAGUACACUGGGGAAAAAACACUCAUUCCUUCUAGUUGUGAAAGAGAGCUGCUCCUGUGGUCAUGUCAACCGUCAUUCUGCGCAGCCAGGCCUUCCUCAAGGGCGAUGGCAUCGGAAGCUUUAUGUGGAAAAAGUACCACUUUAUUCUGUAUGAAGAAAAGUUGGCAUGGGUCGCGAACGAGAAAUCGUACAAGAUUGUCGGCGAAGUCGCCAUGAAGGACAUCACCGAAUGCACACGCGUCGUGUUCAAAAAGCACGAAUGCACAGCGCGCCUGGUGACACCGAUGAUGACGUACUUUGUCGACUUGCGGUCGGAGACAAAGGUCGCCGACUGGAUUGACAUGAUUUGCUCGCUCAUUCCGUCGGCGUCGCAAAUCUCGGGGCCAACCAACUUUGUCCAUGAGGUGCACGUCGGCUUUGACACCGAGUCGCAGACCUUCACUGGGCUGCCGCCGCAAUGGAACAGUCUGCUGAGCAACUCUGGCAUUUCCAAGGAGGAUCAGGCCCGCGACCCACAAGCUGUGCUUGAUGUUCUCGAGUUCUACACGGCCUCGCAGCAGCAACAGCAGCAAGGCGACGAUGUCUGGUCCAAGUUCCAGCAAAACCGAGGCAACCGACGAAGUGUCCGGCCGCGCAAGAGCAUGAUGCUCGCGCCUGGCUCCGAACCCGAUUCGCACGCGAGCAGCAGCAAUGGCGGUGGUGCCUUCACCUCCCCACGCAUGCCGACGCAUGCCCCUCAACUGCCUCCCAUUGCACCAAACUCGGCUGGCUCUUCCGGUGCAGCUGCAGGCGGCGCACCUCCCCCGCCUGCUCGCAAGCCAAAGGCCCCGCCAACAAAUCUGCAGAUUGGCUCGCAAACUGUCAGCCAACCCUACAAACCGCCCAAGCCGUCUGCGGACAUUGUUCGACAGAGCCUGGCUCUUCCAUCCAAGCCUCAGAUUCCCAAACAACCGCCGCCGACGGCCGCCAAGCCAACGCAGGGUACGCCUCCGCCCAACCAAACGGCGCCGCCGCCAUUACCCGACUCGCCAAAACCACCGCCGAUUCCCGCCAAGCCGGCGACACUACGCGACAAGCUCCCCACCCCGCACGCGCCCAUUCCCUUCACACCACCUCCAGCAGCAGGCAACGCGCCGCCGCCGGCGCCUGAAAAGGCCACACCGCCGGUACAUCCGCCGGUGCAGCGGCUCCUGACUCCCACCAAAAUUGAGCCACCAACGCCGCCGCCACUUCUGCCCAAGACGGCCGCGGCACCUCCUCCGGCGCCGGUUCGUAGCCCGUCUCCGCCCGCCAAGGAAGAAUACGACGAGGAAGACUUUGAGCAAGAUGAAGAGGAAGAUGAUGAUGACGAGCCUGGCACCGACAUGGUUAUCGCCCAGCUGAACGCUAUCGUUUCGAAGGGCGACCCAACCACCAUUUUCACUAGUUUCGUCAAGAUUGGUCAAGGCGCAUCUGGCAGUGUGUUUGUGGCAGUAGACUCGCGAUCGGGCAAAUCUGUUGCCAUCAAGGAAAUGAACCUCGAGGAGCAGCCCCGCAAGGAGCUCAUUAUCAACGAAAUUGUCGUCAUGAAGAAUGCCAAGCACGCCAAUAUUGUCAAUUUCGUGGACUCGUACCUGAUUCAAGGCAAUCUUUGGGUGGUUAUGGAAUACAUGCAAGGUGGCGCAUUGACAGACGUUAUUGACCACUGCGAACUUGGGGAGGAGCACAUGGCGGCUGUGUGCCGAGAGACGCUGAAGGGUCUGAAGCAUUUGCAUUCAAAGGGCAUCAUUCACCGCGAUAUCAAGAGUGACAACUUGCUACUCGACAUUGACGGCAGCAUCAAGCUGACCGAUUUCGGCUUUUGCGCGCAGCUCAAGGAAAAGUCCAAGCGCACCACCAUGGUCGGAACGCCCUACUGGAUGGCUCCGGAAGUCGUCAAGCAAAAGGAAUACGGAUUCAAGGUUGAUAUCUGGUCUCUCGGCAUCAUGUUGAUUGAAAUGAUUGAAGGCGAGCCCCCAUACCUGGACGAGGAGCCCCUGAAGGCCCUUUAUCUUAUUGCCACGAACGGCACACCGACUCUCAAGAAGCCGGAACGCAUGUCUCCCGACUUGAAGGACUUCCUCAAUCGCUGCCUCGUGGUGAAUGUGGAACAACGAGCAACUGCGGAUGAAUUGUUGCUGCAUCCGUUCUUGAUGAAGGCAUGCAAGCUGUCCAGCUUUACGCCAAUUGUUCAGCAAUUGUCGAACAAGUAACGGCGCAAACUUUUUCAGGUUUUUUUUUUUUCCUUUUUCUUUUUUACGCAUUCUUCUUUACGCAUUCUAUUUCUUUUUCCUCCUUCCAUCGCGCUCUCGGCCUUCUCUCUUCGUUGCGUUGUUUCGCUGACUUUGGUCAAUGCUUUGUUCUUUUGACCUUUUGGCCAACUUUUUCCUCGGGGGCCGUUAUUUCGAUUGUGGCUUUGAGCUGUCCUUUCUGUGUAUUUGUCACGUGUUUGUUGUUCAAAGUGCGAGCUGUUGCCCAGUCGCCACGCUUGUUUCUGCGUUUGCGUGUGUCUGUGUCUGUGUCUGUGUCUCUGUGUCAUGUUGUCGGAUUUUGACCCGAAAUAUCAAACUCAUUUUUCCUGAA